AUGAGCGAUCCAUUAAUUCUACAGCAAACGCUCUUUCACACCAUUUCUCGGGCAUUAGAGAAUUUCAAGAAGAUCGGAAGAAACAAUUAUACGCCCGCAACGAUUCGCUCUCGAAUGACGUCCCUCAAGGAAACCUGGAUGCAGUGCUGUCAAACUCAUGCAGCGAUUCUCCAAGCGUACGCUGAAGCAAAGAGGGAGAAGAUGGAGUAUUUUCAAGCCAACAAGAUGGAGAGUCAUGAGGAUCUCUAUCAAGCAGCAAUAGACUAUAUGACGAACUGCCUCGAGGAAUCAGAGCCGACUGUGAGUCCGAACCAAUCUAUCAAUUAUUCAACGAAUCAUGCGGAUUCUGCGGCGCUUUCGUUACAGCAUCUCCCAGCUAUUCAAUUACCAUCCUUUAACGGGAGCUUCGACGAAUGGGAGAGCUUUCGCGAUCGCUUCACGGCUUUAAUUAUAAAUAAUAAGGAGCUCUCAGAUUUUAGUCGGAUGCACUUUCUCGUUUCAAAUCUCACCGGAUGUGCUCACAACGCGAUAGCCAGUUUAUCAGUGACCGCGGAUAAUUUCAACAUUGCGUGGACAGCGUUAAGGGCGCGUUUCGAAAAUAAGCGCCGAUUAAUCGAGAUGCAUGUAUCUACCUUGUUUUCGUUACCAACCUUGUUGCGCGAAUCAUCGUCCGAAUUGUAUGCGUUGCGCAAUAAAGCGGAAAAAGCUGUCGAGUCGUUAAAGCGAUUAAAUCGAUCCUCUACCGAUAUUCUCGAUGACAUCCUCGUUCACUGCAUAUCUCAAAGGCUUGACCAAGCCACACGACGCGCUUGA